CGUCUAUUAAGAAAAGUUUUUUGAUCUUUUUUUUGCUUUUCGUGGGCAUAAAGCAGCCAUAGCCAUGCCUAGGAGAGUUAGAAAGGAAGUUGCACAGCAAGUGGAAGUCACUCCUGUGAGCCCAAGACAUUCUGAAGGUGAAAAUAGUCCAAAGCAUCUUCCACCUAUUUCUCCUUUGGCUGAUUGCUCAUAUGGCAAUCCCAUGUAUGGCAAGGAUGAUGAGGAGAAGCAGCAAAAUGUUCCAAGGCAACCCGUACCUCCAGCAAUGAAAUUGCCACAGCAAAAUCUUUCAGAUCCUUUGCUCAGAGGGCACGAGGGGCAUAUUAAUCAGCCACAGGUGGUGCAACAGAUGCCCAAUGCUCAAAAUAAUGCUUUUGGGGAUGUGCGUCAGUCAACCAUUGAACACAUUGGUAGGUUCACUAUUCAAUAUGGGGAAGCAUCAGACAAGCCAGUAACUUGUCCUAAUCUGGUGAAAGUCACUCAACAAGUUGAGGCGGCUGCAAAGUGUCUCUUGUAUGAAUUUGGGAGACAAUACACAUUUGAUGAUAAGAUCGACAAAGGGCUGCUUCGUUUCCAUGAAAAACCCAAAGAAGCCAUGGGGGUUGAAGAGAAUCCUUUUCCAAGAGUCGAUGUUGGGAACUUUAGGAAGAAAGUUGCAAUGGAAGCGAGUAACGCACGUCGCCGCCAACAAUUGGCUGCUGAGGAACUUAAGGUUCCACAACGUUCUCAUGCAAAAGGAAAAAUGGUGUGGAGGAGAAAGGAGAAUCAAGAAGCUACUGUCCAUAGUGAAUCUCAACCAGAAAUGCUACUUCCUAAGCUCUCCUCAUUGAUUGUCAAUGAAAAUGAGUUGAAUCAACCUUUGAAGCAAAUCAGCAAGCAGAGUUGACUAGUGAUGAUGAUCUUCUUGAAGACAUGGAUGUUGUGUAGAUCGGGGACAUCUCUAUUAAUCACUCUUGUUUGGUUCUCAUGCUUUCUUUGGUUUUUCAAGCCAAAGGCAGUGAGGGUACCCAUGCUCCUACCCAUGUUUCCAAGGGCAACAUGGUUGUUGAGGAAGAAGUGAUAGAGGUUCUAGCCCAAGAAGAAGAAAAGGAGUGUGAUAUCCUCUCAGAACAAAUUACUUUUGACAAA